AUGGCUGGUGUUCCUGAUGAAACUUUCGGUAUAUCCGGCCCCGGAGGGACACUGUUCGCUCUCAUCACUUCAAUCGUCUUAGCCAUGUUUUCUUGCUUCGGAGCAGACCUGGUCGCUAUGACUGUCGGUGAAGCAAAGAAUCCUUGGACGGACGUGCCCAUCACCAUGUCGUUCGUCUACAUCGUUCCGCUCAGCAUAUACCCAUUUGCGAUGCUAGCCGCUGGAGCAAAUGUCAACUACGCCGACCCGCAGCUUCCGAAGAUAUGGGCGAGGGGCGACUACGCUACGAAGUCAGCGUUCGUAAUCGCGGCCGAAGAGUCUUCUAUCCACGCGCUACCGAAGGUUUUGAACGGGUUGUUCAUUAUAUCGGCAUACACUACAGCCAAUACCGAUCUCUACGCCGCAUCUCGUAGUGUGUUUAUGCUUUCACAGCAGUACCUCCCAAGGAAUAUCGCAAAGAUCUUUGGUCGGACUAACAAUGGGCAUACACCUUUGGCGGCCAUUUUGCUGUGCUCAGCACUCGGGUUCUUGUCUCUGAUAGGCUUGGCAGACAAGACUGGCUCACAGCCGCGUAUUACACUCUCCGAACUGUACACAGGCACUGCGGCAUGCAUCUAUCUCACUCUUUGCAUCACCUUUCUGCGCUUCAAAGCUGGCCUUGACCGCUUAGCGAGGCGGCAGAUCUUCGGUCGCAAUCACCCACUCUACAUGUCACGCCUGUUCAAGUCCCGAUGGCAACCACUGCCUGCAUAUAUCGGGAUUUUCGGAAGCGCGUUCGUCCUCAUAUGGUCUGGUGUUCCACCAUUGGUCAUUCUUGUCGCGAAAGGCAGCCUCACUUCCACAGACAACCUGAAGUCUACCAUCAGCCUCGCUUUCGAUGUCCUCGGAGCAUACAUUGGCCCCUUCUUGUUCGGAUCUUUGUACCUCUCAUACAAGUACAUAUAUCCCCGAACAUCCAAAGUUGACCUCCGCAACCUUGCGGUGGAAGACUACGUCCUGGAAGAUCUAUCCAGCAUCGAGCUCGAAGGCCCAGUCUCAGUUCCGCCAGUUCCGCGACAUCGGUUCGGUUCGUACGAGAUGGACGCCCAGCACGAUGGCAUUGUGAGUCCUCUGAGCACCUUUGAAGACCCGUUCAAGCAGGAACAGGUGCAUCUUAGUGUGAGCAUGGACCCCAUGAUGCAGGAGGAGAUGGAAGCGGAGGCUUCGAGGAACAACGAAAGAGCGCGGAUAGAGCAGAUUUUGGAGAGAAGACCAGCGCGAUUAGCACGCGGAGUGUGGCGAGAGAUCUGGAGCUUCGUAAUUACGGAUAAGGACUAA